AUAUGCAUAUUGUAUAGUUUUGUAUUUUUAUAUACGAGGUUUAUUUAAAAUGUAACGUAGUUUUUUAAAUUUCCCGAGCUUUGAGAGUGAAAACGUUGGAGAUAGCAAACGCGCUGGUGCCACAGCACAUGAACAGCUGGUGAAAAAGUAACUAGUGUAAAGGAAAUGGUUAUGAAUGAUCGCUAAAUCGAUUGGAUCUUGUCAUGACGAUGCAGAAUUACUGAAACCUAUUAUAACCGGGCACAAAACAUGGGUUUAAAGAUAUGACAUUGCAAGGGUGGCAUAUUUUUUCAACAAACGAAAAUCAGCGAGCUUAUGAACACAUCUAACCUUAGUCAAAAUACUGCUGAAAGUGUUCUCUGCAGGAUUAUAAAUACAAACAUAAUACCAAUAAAACAAAAGUUCAACGAUAGGACCCUUCAAGUUAGCGAUAUUUAAAAGUUAUCAUUAUUUUUUGAGCAACCUCGUACACUCGUCUACUCGCAUCGACGAGACUUAUAUAUGGUAAUCAGUUUUCAGCUGAAACCUCAUGUUUUAUUACGCUAUUUUUUUUUGUUUUGUUUGCGUUCCAAGAAAUGUGCAGCUUUUGAAGAGUCAUAUGCUAAUAUUGAACCAUAUAUGUACAUACAUAUGUCAAUAUAUACAUUUUGUAUAUAAAUUUGCAUGCUUACUUAUACACAUAUGUAUGUAUUUAAAAUAUUUUCAAUAUAACUAUCAUGUAUUUCCUUUACAUAGAUUGUAUAGUUAUUUUCAGUGAACUAUUUUUCACACUGUCAAAUAAAGUAUAUUGGACUGCGCAGGAGUGUUAAGAUUUCACUUUUUUGUAACACUCGAACGGUGUACACGUUUUUAUUGUGUUUAUAAAAAAUUUGGUAAGGCAUAUUUUCUGUGUGAUGUGCUUGCUAUCUUGUGAGAAUAUAUUUUUUCUGUUAAACUGAAUGGAAGAAAUUUAGUGAUUUUGAUUUUUAGAGUUUUGCAUUUAGAAAAUAUUGAAUAAGUGCUAUACUGGAAUUAAUAAGGAUAAACAAAAGUAAGGAGCGGCAGUAUUAGGCAAACUGUUGUGAGAUCUACAUAACUGAAUAUUUUUCUCUUCAGUUUUAAACUACAAAAACACAAUGGUUAUAAGCAGCUACACGUGGAAUCUUGUUAAUCAAUCUUUUAUUUUGGCUAUAACUGUCUGUAUGUCAAAAAAAUGUGCAGAGAUGAAAUUCCAAAAAACAGCUACGCAUGCCUUCCUCUGUACACUCGGGUUUGUCUUCCUAUCGGCGGAAGGUAUGAUGGUGCGGUGCAAUAAUAAUUGGCUUACCCGCUCUAUGCAUCCUGAUACAAAGACCAAUUUACAUUUUUGGCUGCAGUUGACUGGCGGUAUUUUAGGCGUAGCGGGUACUUUGCAAAAAUCUUUGCCCAAGGAACAUCACUUCCGGUCGUGGCAUGGCAAAUUAGGUCUAGCGGCAUGCAUUUUCUUUGUGAUAAACUGUCUCUCCGGCGGAUUGGGUCUUUAUUCUUCGAGUUAUCGCCAGUAUAUGUCACCAUCAAUUAAUGAUUUCAUACACAAUUUUCUUGGACUUUUAACCUUUGUUACGGCAAUGCUGGCACAAUAUACCGGUUAUAACACUGGAUUCUUUCGGAGAAACUUAAAGGAACAUGAACGUUUCUACAAAUACUUGACUGCAGCUGUAUUGAUGCUGACCUCAUGGGGACCACUGCUGAUUUUUCUUCGAAAACUCUAUUAG